AUGCCGAGCGGGCACAAGCAUCAUCCGACUAAAACCGUCGAAAAGAAACACUGCGCUUUCGAGGACUUAGACCACGCCAUUCUACAGGAACCCCUCAACUUGGGAGUCACUGACAUCAAACAGAUCCUGAAAUGCGUCCAAAGUGGUAGCAGGGAAGUGAAGGACCUCAUCCUAAACGAGUGCAGCCUCAUCUACGAGUGCAAGCUGUGCCAAGCCUUGUUCCGCAGCCUGGCCAACUUCAUGUAUCACAAGAGGUGCUACUGCAAGAAGCAUGUGUGCGAGAAGAUGGUGCUCUUCCAGGAUUUCGAUCCAGAAGAGCCCCAGGAUCCAGUCCUGGUUCACCCGGAAGCACCCGAGGAGUUGCCCGAGAAGCAGCCCGAAGCAGAGACUGCUUCCAGCAAAGUCCUACCCAAGAUGAUGGAGUGCACGGUGGAACUGGUCAAGGCGGACGUUCCAGAUCACAUCCCCUUUCCAGAAAGUAGCACAAAGACUCCACCUGCCAUUCCCGAGAAUGUUCCCGAAGCUGAAAGUGUUCCCAAACAGAAAGCUACGGAAAGGAUUUCAAAACAGAAAGCUGCAAAAGUUAUUCCAAAACCAUCCUCCACCACUACGGAAAGUGUUCUGGAAACACCCACCUCUGCUGCAGACAAUGUUCCAGAAGCACCCUCCCCCCUUGCGGAGAAUGUUCCGGAAACAGCUUCCCCCAUUGAGGAGAAUAUCCUAGAAACAGCCUCCCCUGUUGCAGAGAAUGGUCCUGAAAUACAGUCCAUGGUCACAGAGGAGACCCCAAGAACACCUUCCAUGUCUCCGGAAACUCCUACAGAUGUUCCAAAAUGUGCUUCAAAAGGGCCUAAUGCCUCAACAAAAGAACCUCAAGAGCAAGGUGCAAGCAAGGGAAAGAACAAGCCACCCGCCGAGAAGAAAGUGGUCGAACGUAAAAAAGCAGAAUAUUCCAUGGUGUCCCGUAGAACGAGAGACAAGAGUAGUCAACAGAUAUCUAAUGCUCAUAAAUUACCAGUGGAGUCUUCAUCUGAUGAGGAGCCACCAUCCAAGAUGAUAAAGACUGCACCAAAAGAUCCCAAAGAUGACAAACCUGCAUCUGUCAGUGAAAAAAGUAGCAGUACCAUAUCAUCGCCUUCUAAAAAUGACAUACAAGAAACAAACGAGACCCCGAUCAAGUGCACCAUCGCAAAGGGCUCUCUAAGUCCCAGUUUUCCUAAAUUUGUCCUCAAGCCCAUCCCUUGCCAGUCGAAUUCGAUGCUGAAAAAUUCGGAUCGAAAGAAAGCGGAAAAUAUCGCCAUGAAAAAUCUGCAGAACUUUCCCAUGCAGACCAAGCUGGACAACAACAAGUUGGUGAUUGUACUGAAGAAGAAAGAGAGCUCCUCUGGGACUCCCGAGGCCAAGACUCCCCUUGGCAACAAACAGCGCAGCGAGUCUCAAAAGAUCAACGAAUUCCAUCUCACCAGGAGGAAGAGACUGAUGAGUCGCAACGAUUGCAAUGUCCACGAGCUGAAGUGCCUGAUUUGCAAGACGCAGUUCAUGUCCCUGAAGACGCUCUACUUCCACAUGCUGUCGCUCCAUUCGAAAAAGCGCCUGUACUAUCCCUGCCCUUUCUGCAAGACGCUUUUCGUGCAGAUGUAUGGCGUAACUCGCCAUUUGAUCUCAAUCCACAACAAGACCAAGGAGCAGAUCAACAAGCUGAGAGAUGUCAUCAAGAAGAAAAGUGUCUGGAAGAGGGUGGACGAUUCUGACCUGGAUAGCCCAGAAAAGCCCAGGCAGGAGUUGGGCAUAGAAAGCUACCCGCUGAAGCCGGAUGACGAACCGACCAAACCCGAUGAACCGGCCAGACCGAUUGACUCCCAAUUUGAAGUCAGCAGCACAGAGAGUUCUCCGACCAAAACAGUGAUUAAGAUUGGCAAGAACUCUGCCUUGCACGCAUGCUCCAAGUGCAAUAGAGUGUUUGGUAGAAAGUCUUCUCAGGUGAGCCACGAGAAAUUCUGCAUCAUGAAUGCCAUAAAGGUGGACACGGUCGAAAGGAGUCCAAGUCCAACCCCUACUCCUCCCAUCAGGCCGACUGACAUCAUGCCCGUGAUCCAGAGGGAUGAAGUUCCCCUGGCACCCAGUCCAACUCUGGACAGCAUCAGGAUCAGUGCCAGGCCGAAGAGGGGUGCCGAGAAACUCAUGCACAAGGACUUUGUGAACAGCCAGACUCUAAAAUGGCGGUCUGCAAAUAGGAUCGAAACCAAUAACAAGCUGGUGCCCAAGAAGACCAACGGUAAGGGCCUCGAGAAGAAAGUCUUGACCAUAAUGGAUGCAGAGAACUUGUCUUGUACGAAAUGUGAUAAGAAGUUUUCCUCGUUUUCCAACUUGAGGAGGCACAUCGCAAUUCACGUGGGAUGGACUCGCUUCAAAUGCAAACACUGCGACUACCAGGCUUAUAAUAAAUCUCAAUGCUGGGCUCACGUGCAGAAGGCACAUCCGUCUUCCGAUGCAGACAUAGAGAAGUCCAUCGUGCAUUUGAGUGGCGGUAACUCGAGCGGCAAGAAGUCUUCCUCGGAGGAAGAAGAACCACCUCAAAAGAUGAAGCGCAGCUCAGAUACGACAAAGUGGCUUUGCAAGAGUACAAUACCAAAGAUAAAGGUUCCAAAGAAAAAGAAUAGCGGUCCCGCAAAGAGUUCAACCGUGGGUCCCGUCAGCAGUCUGACGCUGGGUCCCGCUAAGGACCCGACUGUGGGUCCCGUGAGAAAUCUGACGCUGGGUCCCGUAAAGAGCCUGACCCUCCCGAAGAAGAGCAUAACGGCAAAGAAAGAAUCUCUGGAGACCAGAAGAGAUAGUCUGGAUGGCAAAAAAGAAAAUCGUGAGAGCAAAAAGGAUGGUAUAGACGGCAGGAAAGAUGCUCGCGAGGGCAAGAAGGAUGUCUCCGACAACAAGAAGGACGCGGGUAGAAAAGAUGGCUUGGACGGCAAGGGUAAGAAAGAUGGCUCGGACGGCAAAAGAGACGUCCGUGAGGCGAAAAAAGAUUUCUCAGAUGGCAAAAAAGAUGCACACGAGAGGAGAGAGAAGAAACCUGCACUGGGUGCCACUUCCAAAAUAUGUGUUCCCGAGUACAAAAAGGAAAUCAAUUACAAGUCGAUGACCACCAGCAAUCCCACGACCAUCAUCCUAUCGAAGAGGAUCCCCACUUCCGCCGUCCAAUCGAUCGUCACGAUCUCCCCCGGCUCGGUUUCUCCCGUCAGGAGCUCUCCGCGGAAGAACGAGAUCAAGUUUCCGGAGAUCAAGCAGUUGCCGAAGCUGCAGGGCCUGGUGACUCGCUCUGCCGGCCCCCCCCAUCCAGCUCAAGCUGCCAAUCAGGUCCGUCGUGGGAGAGAAGGGCGGCAAUCGGAGAAGACCUACGCCAGGAAGGACCGCCUGAUCAGCGAGUGGUUCCCCAAGAAGGAUCUCAACUCCAACAACACCAGGAGGGAGUCUGCUCCGGUGAUCAUAGGGCUGGUCCCGGCUUCUGGUUCUGGACUGACGGUCAGGACGAAGAGUCCGAUCGCUUUCGACGCCAUGCCUUGA